GGGACCCCCCCAGUCACCCCCAGGUCACUAACCUCCUCUUGCCUGUGUCUCCUUCCAGAUCUGCUGCCUCUUCUCCUCCAGCCGGACUGGCACAUGGAGCCAGUGCCGAGCUCGACGCCCUUCGUAGAAAUCAUCGAGCAGCCCAAGCAGCGCGGGAUGCGCUUCCGCUACAAGUGCGAGGGGCUGCCCAGACCCCUGGGUUCCCUCCUGCCAAUGGCUGCCCCUCCCCUGCAGAUCAAUAACUACACGGGCCCCGGGAAGAUCCGCAUCUCACUGGUGACCAAGGACGCCCCGUACCGGCCGCACCCCCACGAGCUGGUGGGCAAGGACUGCAAGGACGGCUACUAUGAGGCUGAGCUGGCCUCUGAGCGCAACAUCCACAGCUUCCAGAACCUGGGCAUCCAGUGUGUGAAGAAACGGGAACUGGAAGAGGCUGUGGCCCAGCGCAUCCGCACCAACAACAACCCCUUCAAUGUGUCACUGGAGGAGAAGGGCGAGUACGACCUGAACGCCGUGCGCCUCUGCUUCCAGGUGUGGGUGCAGGAUCCAGCCGGCACUGGGCACCUCAUGCUCUUGCCCCUCAUUGUCUCCCAGCCUAUCUACGACAACCGGGCUCCCAACACGGCGGAGUUGAAGAUCUGCCGGGUGAAUCGUAACUCCGGGAGCUGCCGGGGGGGCGAGGAGAUCUUCCUGCUCUGCGACAAGGUGCAGAAGGAGGACAUCGAGGUGCGGUUCUUCCGGGACACGUGGGAGGCGCGCGGCUCCUUCUCGCAGGCCGACGUGCACCGCCAGGUCGCCAUCGUGUUCAAGACGCCGCCCUACGCCGACCAGGCGCUGCGCGAGCCCGUCACAGUGCACAUGCAGCUGCGGCGCCCGUCCGACCGCGAGGUCAGCGAGGCGAUGGAGUUCCGCUACCUGCCCGAGGAAGGUGACUUCCACUGCAUCGAGGAGAAGCGGAAGCGAACCCGCGACACCUUCAAGAGUUUUGUGCAGAAGACCCCCUUUGCAGGUGGGUGGGGCUUGGGGAAAGGGGAGGGGCUUCUCCCUGGAGCAGGGUGUAGAAAGGGAAGGAGUCCGGGUGGGGGAGGUACCUGGCGGAGGGGUGGGGCUGAGCCCCCACUGAAGCCCCCCAGUGCCUUCCCCUUCGCCACUGCAGUACCCCGGGGCCCGCCACUGCUGCAGACCCUGCCCCCCGCCUCCAUGGCUGCCAUGGGCCCGCCCCCUGUCAACACCUUCAGCACAGUGAACCUGGAGGAGUUCUCCAGCCUGGGGCUGUCGCCGCGGCCCCCCGGCGAGGCGGAGACCCACCUGGCCGACGCGCUGCUGCAGCUGCAGUUCGAGGGCAACGCGGACGGGCCGGGGGGGCUGGACCUGGACGCGCUGGUGGACGACGUGACCUACACCAGCCUGGAGGCCAUCAACACGGCCGAGUUUCGGCAGCUGCUGCAGGGGCAACCGGGGGGGGGCGCCACGGAGCCCGGCCCCCCCAUGCUGCUCUCCUACCCCGAGUCCAUCACGCGCCUGGUGAACAGCCAGCGGGGGGCACCGGACGGCGAGGACCCAGGCGCCAGCAGCUUUGUCAACGGGGCGCUGGGCGACGAGAUGCUGCCCUCCAUGGGCGACCUGGACCUGUCAGCGCUGCUCAGCCAGCUCGGGUCGUCCUAGGCUCCAGGCUGGGCCGGGGGGGGCAGAGGGACUCUGUUGCCCCCCCACCCGCACGUGGGGGCAACAGAGCGGGGUUGGGAGCUGCACUGCCCCUUCCCUGGACUCUGAAGUUGCCCCCACUUCCCAUCACGUGCGGAGCUGGGGGCUGAACUGCCCCACCCCAGAGGGAGCUGAAGGAUGGGGGCUUGAGGCCUCCAUUGCCCCUGCUGGGGGGCUGGACUCUGGAAUUGCCCCCCUCCACUCCAGAUGGGGGUAAGAACAGGAGGGUGAGAGCUCAGUUGCCUUGAGUGGGGGGGCUAGACUCUGGAAUUGCCCCCCCUUGGACUCUGGAAUUGCCCCCCACCCCAGAUGGGGUAAGAACAGGGUGAUGAGAGCUCAAUUGCCCCUGCUGGGGGCUGGAACUCUUGGACUCUCACACCCCCCACACUGGGGGUAUGACCCCCCCCAGUUCCCACCUCUGGGUAAUGAACUACCCCACCCUCCCAGGGGCUGGGGGGGCUGGAAAGGGGUAAAUGGACUGCACUAUUGUGUGCAGGGGGUGGAGAACCAUAGUGGACUGGACUACUGGUUGCAGGUGGGGGGGUCAGAGUGGACUGAACUAGUUGCUGGGGGAGAGAUCAAAGACUAAACCAUUGUUUUCUUGGGGGGAGAGUGGAUUGGCCCAUUGCUCUCCCUGGGGAGGAGAGUGGGCUGGCCUAUUCUCUGGAUGGGGGGGAGCAGUGGUCUGCCCACUUGCUCCCCUGCAGGGCAGGAGGCCCUGCUAGUUUUGGAGCAUGGACUGGCUCAUCGGUGGGGGGAGGAAGUGGGCAGGUCCAUUGGUCAUUAGCUUGAAGAGGGGGUGAGUGGGUGGACUCAUUCUUCUUGGAGAGGGGAGGAACCAUGUGGCUCCGCCCUUAAUGAGGCAGUGGACUCCCACUUCCUGUGGGGGGAGCAGAUGGUGCUUCAAUUGGCUGCCCUUCCCUAGAAGGCAGGGCAUAGAGCAGCCAAUCGGAGGCUUGCUUUGGUUAUGGGGUGGGGGGGAACCUGCCUUAGAAGACAAGCAUUAACCCCUUCCUGCCAUUGUACCCCACACUGUACAUGGCAUGGCAACUGGUCUCCUUUGCCCUGGGGGGGGGGCAGUUUCUGGGGCCAUAAUACUCCCCCUCCCCUUUGCAUUUUAAUGCUUUGUGCCUUGUUGGGGGGAGCUAGCUUUAGCCCCCCCAUUUUGACUUCCAUUACUUGUAUAUGGCUGAGUUGGGGGGGAGGGGGGAGUUAACCCCAGGGGUGCCAAGCUGCCUGGCCUGUAUUCUCACCUGACCCACCGUGCCAGGGCUGGGGGGGACAGAUUUAAAGCUUAUUUUUAUGCCGCUAAUAAACCCGAGUCAAACGCG